GAAGCGCCCGCCGUGACUAGUGGUUACCGACAGAACCGCCUCGGAUCGUGGUGAACAUAAACACUCGUUCGUUAGGCUCUAGACCGUUGAACAUUGGACUCUCCAUAAGUGUUAUCCUAGUAACAAAAAUAGUGUAAGCUCGCGAACCGUCCGUGUUUGUACAGUUGGGAAGAGAAUUGUUGAAAUAUCUGUAGUGCGUGGUGAGACCUCAUCGUCUAAGUGAUAAAAAUAAAAUUUUGUGGAUAAGAGUAAUCUCAUAAUUUAAGUAUCUAUAAAGAAUAUCGGAAGUAACAAUAAGUUCGAAGAAAGCGAUGAAGGGAAAAGGAUGAUUUCAUUUCUCAGAACAUUAUAAAUGAACCCAAAAAGGUUAUUUUGAUUUGUUCUAAAGUGACUGCACUUUUAUAUCAAGCUAAAGCAAUAAAGGGUGAAGGACCAAAGAGGAAGAUACAAUAAUGAUGGAGAGCAAUAAAAAAUUCUAUUGAAUAUGUAGAAAAACAUACAGUCAAAAGUAUGAAUGCUUAUCAAUUGCGGCCAUGCCCACGUCCGUGCUCACCUAACUUGACUCAUAAACGGUUAGGGAAAAUGAUUGUAAACAAUAAAUCAUCAGAAAACCAGACAUUAGUAAAAUGUGUAACUCAUUCGUAGUGCAAUGCUUGUUAACAAAUGACGUGCGAUCGAGUGUCUUGGAAUUGAAAUGGGUGAUUUAGUGAGGAAUACAACAUUAGUAAAUGGAACCAGUGAUAAAAAUGUAUUGUUGGGACUGGACGAAUAUGCUUCUGACGAGAUCUUGGCUGCUGUGGAACUGUUCGAGGGCUACCAGGAUGGAAUAUUACAGUUCGCUUCAGCCUGCUGUAUGAUCUUCAUGUUAAUCGGGAUUCCUGGGAACUUGAUCACGAUCAUCGCUUUAGCGCGCUGCAAAAAAGUUCACAACGCUACUGCUCUCUUCAUCAUAAACCUAUCUCUGGCUGAUCUGUUAUUCUGUUGUUUGGAAUUGCCCAUGGCUGCCACAACAUUCUGGACUAAAUCCUGGAUAUUUGGAAUCACGAUGUGUCGGCUAUUCCCCAUGGCCAAGUACGGGUUGGUUGCAGUGUCCCUAUUCUCUAUCACUGCAAUCACUAUCAAUAGAUACAUCAUCAUAUCAUACCCUCGGAUUUAUACAAAGAUUUAUACGAAACAAAAUUUAAUACUCAUGGUGGCUGCAAUAUGGCUCUUUUGCAUCAGUGCAAUGAUUCCGACAUGGAUAGAAGUAUGGGGCCGAUUCAGUUUAGACCCUAAAAUUGGAUCUUGCACUAUUAUAAAAGACAUACACGACAGAUCUCCCAAAAAGUACCUCUUUAUUAUAGCUUUCGUUAUCCCCGGUGUAACUAUAACGUUUUGCUACGCUCGAAUAUUUUUUAUUGUCAGAAGUGUAACCAAAAGAUCUCGAUCCACUCAUCACUUAAGCAGGACUGUUAUAACAGACACCGCUACGAUAGAUAUGAAUGACACUAGAACAAGCACUGUAGCUGAUACUAAUACAAGUUAUCAUAAACAAUUUAUCCGACAUUUACAAUGCCUGUCUGCACAAAGUUCUGAAGAAUCCUCAUGUUCUGGUGUCGAAGCAUCCCAAGAUGAUAUCGAAACAGCUAAAGACAGACGAAAAAAUAGUACAGUUGACAAAUUAAGAAAAACUUUCGUAAAUCGUCGGCCGACUAUUACGCCAAAGCCGAGUCUACCGACAAGAAAGGAUAAAAAGUUGAGAACCAUGAUUGUGGCGAUAAUGCUCGCAUUCUUCUUAUGCCAUCUCCCAAUUUCAUUAACGAAGAUAUUUUUCGAAUUCAGUAAUCAUACCUCAUUGAAAAUUGUGAGUUAUGUUUUAAUCUUCUUAACGACUUGCGUCAACCCUAUAAUCUACGUAGUGAUGUCUAAUGAAUACAGACAAGCUUACAAAGACCUUGUGACAUGUCAACCGCAAGUCGAUGCUGUGGAAUCAACGAGUAUGAGAAUAGUUAAUACCAUUAACAAGUCAUUUCGACGACCUUCGAUGAAUGUGAAAUUAAAGAAUAGUCACGAAAUUCAAUGUUGAGUCAUAUUAUUGAAUGGUGAGAAGUGUGUGCCGUCCGUUUAUUGUGCUGAAUAUAAACUUGCCCAGAUCCUGAAGGACUGUGGAGAGUAGCGGAUGAUAGCAUUUAUAUAUGUAAAGAUGUAAAUACGUGUAAAUAAACUGUUAAUUAUAAGAUAUUUAUGAGAGAUAAACGUUAUCAUUUGUACAUACUUGGACAUGAUGAUAUUAGAAAUACACUCGUAAGUAAGCAUUCCGAUAUAAGUCCGACAAUACGGUAUUGUUGAUUAUCAAAUUAACUUUUUGUAUCAACAUAGCAAUAGAAAUUUUUUCAAUGUAUUAAUAAAAUGUAUAAGACCUGGAUUUAUAUCAACUUUAAUACAAUGGAUAAAAAAUUAAAUAUUUCCAGGUAUUAAAUGUGAAGAGAUGACUCAUUUCUCAUAGCAUUUUAAUCACGGAACGUACUUCAAUACAUUUUUGUACAUCUUUCGAUAUAUAUUUAUUAUGAGGCUAGCAUUUUUACACAGGUAUAUUCUCACAACUUUUCUUCUAUAAAGGUGAAAUUUUAGAGUUUAUUAGAGCAUUGAACAUUUUUAAACUGGGAGAACUAACUUCAUUUUUCAGAAGUCAUUACUGCCCUGAUAAUUAUUUGUUUUACCCAUCUAGUUUUCCAGGUAAAUAAAUAAUGUUGUGCUCAUUGUAACUUCAUGACACCUAGUGUGUCAUAUUGACCGCAAGCCGUGACGUCAUAAAAUAUACGAGUCAUUUACCAAUUAGAUGUAGUUUUAAUUUCUCACUGACUGAUUAUGUUUACUAUUAGAAACAUUAUUGUACUCAAAAUAUCUAGGAUAUGGUCAAAUUUGUACUCAAAAUAAAUAUAAUUACUAUUAGAUUAAGUUCAUAAAAAAGCCGACAUAGUUUCAUCUGUAAGUGGAUUGUCAUUGGUCAGUUUAUAAUGAAUAAAGAAAGUGAUCUAAUUCAAUAUAAAUGGAGACUUCUGUUUCAUAGGUUUCAAAGUAAUCAUACAUUUUGUGUCGAUAGAAUCUAAGUGGACUAUAAUAAUCAUAACAGAAUACCAAAUAACAAACUAUUUAUUUUUAAUAUUUACAAAUUGACACACCGUUCUCAUUAUUUAUCUUAAUAAUAAAUGUAAACUUUCCAUUUUUGAAUGUGUUUGUAAAAAUUAAUUCACAUUACCCAUAAAACUAGGUAGUACAACAAAAAAAAAAUAUAAGGCUUUAUUUUCUGUACCUUUUUGAUGUCUAAAUUUAAGGUUUUCGGCAAUUGUAAGGUAAAAAAUACAACGCAGGUAAAAAUUAUUAUAAAAUUCAUAACUGUGUUGUAUUUUUUUACCUUCUAAAUGAAUAAGUUCUUUUAAGAUAAUAAGUAAAUAAACAUCAAGAUUUGAUCUACAAGAUUUUCUAUACUCUUAAUUUCUUAAAAUUAUGAUCGAAUAUUUUUUAAUUAUUUAGAAUAAAAGAAUAAGAUUUCACUCUAUUAGAUAAGCUAUUAUGUUGUAAUUCAUAAUAGACAUUCCUUGAUAGGUUUUGAUUAAGGUGUGUCACGUACAAAUCGUACAAUAUCAACGUGUGAUAUAUUGUAUAUUAGGUGGGUGUCAAACACAUGAGUAUGUUUCAAGACGAUAUUAAUUGAAUCGAUAAAGGUGCUGCUUCCAAUGAGUUUAUUUAAGGAUAUAAUCAAACAUUUUUUAAUUAAGGAUACACAAUACACUUACACUAAAUUAAAAUAAACCAUUGCCAAAUAAUCAUUUACCAAAAACAUUAAAAAAACCUACACAAAAUAACUUUGAAUAGCACGUUAUUUUAUUACAAGCUAAAACAAAUAUUGCCCCAUUCUACAUAUAUGAGAAAAGUUUUAGACGGUGCAGUGUUACCACCGAAGAAUUUAUUGCCCUUAAUUUUAAGAUUUACGACGAGAUCGUGACGUCAUCAAUUCUACCCAAAAACCAUCAAACGAUCUGAAAACUAUCUGUUUUAACCGAUUUGAAAAGUUUGAAUGACAUUGAAACCAUGGGAAACUCGUUAAGGUUACCUACCAUAAGAUAUUUGAACUUUAGGUACUAAAAUAUAUUCAAUAAGUUCACUUGAAGUAACAAUGUAUUUAUAAUGAAAACAUAUUUGAACUAAUUUAUUACGUGUAUAGAUGUGUACAUAGGGAAAUUAAACAGUGUCACAUUUCGAUAUAUACUUAUAAAGUCAUAGCAAGUUAAAAAUUAACAAUCUGUUAUCCAUUCCAUGUUUGGAUGAUGUUAAUAGUAAUAUGAUAAGCAAGUUGAACAUUUAUACAAUAUCAAAAAAAUUGUUGAGGUUUAAUAUUAAAACAAAUAAUGCAAUUUCCCAAAUAUACGAUCUUAGGUUAAGUGAUGAUAUAUUUAUUGAAGUACGUAUGUAAGGAAAUGUAGUUUACGUGAAAUUAAUGACACUUGUUAUAUGCUUGUAUAAGUAACUAUAUACUUCCUUAAAAGAAAUUUCUGAAAACUUUUUUCGGCUAGAUUCGAAUCCGUUUCAAUUUAUUUAUAUUUAAUUAAAUUUUAAUAAAUUUUUAACAAAGAUUUUUAAAGACGCAAAGUCAUUAGAUUACCCAUCAAUAAAAUGUUUUUAUAAUACCUACCUACUUACUACCUCUAAAAGAAUGAACAAAAAAGGUCAUGUAAUAGGAAUAAACUUACAAAUGUUUCUAGACACAUAAUGUAGUCUUAACUAUAAUCAUACUCACUCGAUAUGAAGAAAUUCACUUUUUGAUACUCGAAUUAACACAACACUUAGUUGACCGAUUAAACACAUAGUUGAGUUUAGUUGUAUAUUUAAAAAAAAUCUUUAUUUUUCAUCUCUUACAUAGAAUUUCACAGUUAAAAAAUAAGAAGUAAGGUGAACUAUGCAGUUAUAAAAUAAUGGUCUAUGUGAGAGACCGGUGUCUGUACUAGGAAACCUGUAUGACAAUGACAAGGUAAAGCAAUAAUUUCAUUUGAUUUUUAAUAGUUUGAUGCUUAUUUUGUUGAUUGGUAAAAUAACAUAAAUGUAUCUUCAUAUUUCCAUAGCCUUGUACAAAACUGUCACACAGACAAUUGUACAAUUCAAAUGAGCCAAGUAACAAAAUGGAAUGACGCCAAACUAGUAGGUACCAAAGAACCAAUCUCUUGGGGCCACAAAUCCCAUUAGCCA